AUGGACAUGAACAAUUUUAUUGGCUAUGUUGGUACUCUGCACGACAUUAACCCAGAGGCGUCGACUAUUGCCCUCGAGAACGUCGUAUCGCAUGGCACUGAAGGCAGGCGCGGCAAUGCGUCGGACGAGGUUCCUCCGACUAGUUGUGUUUACGAAUACAUUGUUUUCAGAGGCAGUGAUGUGAAGGAUAUCAAUUUUGCCGACAAUGAAAAGGAGAACCAGCCUCCAGAGCAACCGCAGGUACCCAAUGACCCUGCUAUACUAGGCACUACUGCUCCUCCACGCCAGGCCCAGGCGCCAGCAGCCGCUCCGGCUCCUGCUCAGGCAGGCCGUGGUCAGCCAGCCCAAGUUCCACAGCAACCAUCUCGACAGCAACCACCGCCUCCUGGUUAUCCCCAGCAACCUCCAUAUCCCAAUUACUAUAAUCCCUAUGGGCAGCAGUUCCGUGGUCCUCCUGGUGGCCCUCCCGGAUUCCCUGGUGCACCUGGCCCUGGCCCUGGCUUCCCAAACAUGCCUUAUGGACAGCAAGGAUGGUAUCCUCCCCCAGGCCAAGGCUUUCCACAGCAACCAGGCCCGUUCGGACCUCCUCAGAUGCCAAUUGGCCCUCCACGCGGACCACCUGGGCAGCAGCAACAACAGCCACCGCAGCAACAACCACAAUCGCAGCAACAUGGUCCAGAGGGAGCUCCAGCCUCUCAGAGUACCCAAAUGCCAACAUCCGAGCUCCCCGGUGGUGAAAAAGCUCCGAAGAAAUCUACAACUCCUGCUCCGGCAGCUGCUGCCCAGAAGGAAAGCCAGAAGCCUACCCAACCCAAACCAGAGGCUUCUACCGCCCAGACUCAAAAGCCUGCCCCUGCCAAAGCUCCCACACAAACUAUCUCUGAGGCAACUGUAGUUGCUAAGAAUGAAAGAAUUGUUCCCGCUGUGCCUGUUGCUGUACCACUAAAGCCCGCUGCUCAGUCCACUGCAUCAGCUAGUCAACAGGGAAACCGAGCUCCUCCAAAUGCGAUGGAGGAGGCAACUCGAGCUGCUACUGCUGCUGUCGCCGCUGCAAUGGCAAAGCUACCACAACCUGCUGGGUCCCAACAGCAGCAGCAGCAGCAGCAACCCACUAAUGGCUCUUUGGAGAGUGUUACUAAGAAAAUUAAUGAAAUGCGACCGUUUGAUGGUGAACGUCAACCAAGAGGUGGUCACCGUGGCCGUGGAGGCCAUCGUGGCCACCACCACCACCACCAACAGGUUAAGAAGAUCGAAGUUCCCUCGACUGACUAUGACUUUGCAUCCGCGAAUGCCAAAUUCAAUAAACAGGAUCUCGUUAAGGAGGCUAUCGCUUCUGGAUCCCCAUUACUUGAAGCUGAAGGAAAGGCUCAUAGCGCCACCUCAGAGGCUAACGGAGUGGAAGGUGGUGACUUUUCCAGUGCUGCAUCUGGCCAUGCUACCACUGCUGUAUAUGACAAGACCUCUUCCUUCUUCGACAACCUAUCAAGUGAGAUGCGUGAUAGGGAAGAAAACGCCCGGAACAAGACCAGUGGCCGCGAAUGGCGUGGGGAAGAAGAAAAGAAGAAUAUGGAGACUUUCGGACAAGGCAGCGUCGAUAGUGGAUAUCGUGGCCGAGGUCGUGGCCGCGGACGAGGCUACGGCGGACGAGGCAGAGGCUACAACCGUGGCUAUGGAGGUGGACGUGGUAGAGGCGGUUUCCGCAGUGGACGAGUUGCAGCCGAAUCUACAGGAGUUCCAUCCGCUUCAUAA